GCCCUUCCCUAAAACACUGACACUGUGUCAAAGUCCAACUUUUUUACUCAUAAAUUUGUUAUAAAUUGUUAAGCAGUUUACUAAAUUAAUAAUUAAUAUUUUAAAUUCACACAUUCAACUUGGUGGUAUAAUAAAUAAAGAUAAAAUGUUUUUACGUACAAUUGUCAACAAUGCCAAGCGCUUGGCUCCUAACAUCAGAGGCAUGGCUAGUCAAGGUCCAUUAGUUGAUUUAACAGUUGACAACGAUGGAGUAGCCAUCUUGACAAUGCAGAGACCACCAGUCAACAGUCUCAACCUAGAUUUGCUUAAAGAAUUAAGUAACUCUCUCGAUGAAGUCGCAAGAAAUAAGAAUACAGGAUUAAUUUUAACAUCAUCAUCAUCAACAGUAUUUUCAGCAGGACUCGACAUUAUGGAAAUGUAUAAACCUGAUAUGAAAAGAGCAGAACAAUUCUGGACAACAUUGCAAGACGUUUGGCUUAAACUAUUUGGUUCAAAUUUUGUGACUGCAGCAGCUAUUAAUGGACAUGCUCCUGCAGGUGGAUGUUUAUUGGCUAUGUCAUGUGAAUACCGUGUAAUGGUUAGCGGAAAAUUCACUAUCGGACUCAAUGAAACAGCUUUAGGUAUCGUUGCUCCAACAUGGUUUAUGGACACCAUGUGUCACACCAUACCCGUGCGGGAGGCGGAGUAUGCGCUCACAACUGCCCGGAUGUUUACAGUAGAUGAGGCUCUAAAGGUUGGGCUCGUUGAUGAGGUUGCGACUGACAAAGCCGAUGCCAUUUCGAAGUGUAAAGAUUUUAUUGAGAAGUUUGACAAUAUUCCAUCAUUAGCUAGAGCCGUAACAAAACAGAGAAUACGGCAGGGAGCGAUUGAGAGACUUCAAAAAAAUCGCAAAGCUGAUCUCGAAGAUUUCUUACAUUACCUCAAUCAACCUAAAAUUCAACAAAGUCUCGAAAUGUAUAUCCAGAUGCUGAAAAUGAAAUCGUCAAAAAAUUAAGGAUUUAAUAAAUUUAAGAAAAAAUACGGUGUCAAUUAUGUCUGUGUAAUAAUCGUCUUAAUAGAAGUCAAAGUUUAAAAAAAAGCGGCAGCUAAUUUAAUGAAAAUUGUAUAGUUUCUAAAGCAAUGACCCUUCUCCUACAUGGAGAAAGAGGCCGAUGCUCAGCGAAGAAUGUUACAGGCUGAAUUGUGUGAAUUGUACAGUGCAUUUUCAUACUAAGAUAAUUAUUGUGGUUUUUCCUAAAAAAGAAAAAGUAAAAAGAAGAAUGGA